UGAGUCUUUCAGGAUUUUUAAAAAAUAAGUCACAUAUUACACACAAAUAUAUUUAUAUUAGCACAUAUCUGGCAAAUUGUAAUUGCUUGUGCUUCAGGUUUUUCUCCUGCUUUCUGUUAGACUCUUCUCCUGACGUGUUUUUUAUGGGCUCUCCUUAUUCUAUUUUUUUCUUUUAUUUACCCAACAGACAUUGUCGAAAAGAGCCAACGGCUUCCUUUUCCAGGUCAUAGAGAUUUUACCUCAGUGGAAGAGUCAGACAAUAAACAGGUAAAGAAAGAAACGUAUAAUGUCAGAAACUGGUAACUGCUGUAAAGAAAAAUCAGAGAAAGGUAAGAGGAUGGGGCAGAUAGAUGCUAUUUUAGAUAGCCAUCAGGGUAGGUGACGUUUGGGAACAGACCUGAAUGAAAUGAGGUUUGGGGAGAAGCUGGUGUCUUACAGACAGCCAAGGAGACAGGUGUGGCUGCGGAUUGAGGUGCCAGGGAGUGAGUGAGGGGAGAGGUGGCCUGAGAGAUGGGCAGGGGACAGACCACCAGGCCUGCCUAUAUUGGGAAAGAGAUAGCCUCUUCUAAAUUAUUUUUCCUCAACUUGUGAUUUUUUUUCCUCCUUUCAGACUCCUUUUUUUUAAAUUAAUUUUUAUUGGAGUAUAGUUGCUUUACAAUAUUGCGUCAGACAGCUUUUAAGGAAACAAAGUGCUUGCAUAUAUAGUUUGCUCAUUUUAAAUGUAAGGGAGUCUUUGCCAGUUGUCUCUAGAAGUUUCUUACAGUGGCACAUUCCGGUAUGGAGGUGUUACUUUGUUCCCUUCGCAAGUAUUUUUUGGUGGAUAGGGUCAGUCCAAUUUUGUCUUAGAACUCUAUGGUGUCUUUAAGUGGUAGUUUAUUAUAGAAACUGUUCCAUUUGUCUGGUCCUAUCUCCUGGGUCGUUGGAGAAUAUUUUAAUGCGUAAGUAGAAAUUCUAGUUUAUGGGCCCCGUACCUUCCUUGUAAAAUAGUUUUCUCAUUUUUCUCUUAGUCCUUGGUUUUUAUUUUCCAGUCUGCUACCUCCUUCACCACAUCCUUUUCAUAGAUCACCUUUUCAAUUUUUAGCAACUUUUUCCAUUUUUCUUAGCAUAAGACUCAGCAUGAGCAAGUGAGGUAAGAAACAUGUACACCCUCCUUCAACUGGAAUACAAGCAUGUAUCUGUCAAACAUUUCUGCCUUAGGCAACGUCAGUCCCUGGUUUUGCCCCAUGUGGUUGGCAGUUUCUAAGAUGGCUCCGAUGAUCCUGCUUCCUGGUGUUCACACCCUCUGAAACUGCCUCCCCUUGAGCGUAGGCUGGACCCGGGGUCUUCCUUCUAGCAAAGAGAAUGUGGCAAAAGUGAUGGAAUGUCAAAAAAUAUUCUGGCUCCUGUCUGGCUCGUUCUCUCCUCCUCUCGUUUGCUUGCUCUGAUCUGUGAGCUGCCCUAUGGAGAGGCCCACAUAGCAAGGAACUGAGGAAGGUGUCCAACUAACAACCAGCAAGGAACUGAGUCCCUCAAUCCGAUAACGCAGGAGCAACUGGACCCUGUUAAUAUAACCACUUGAGUGACUGUGGAAGCAGAUCCUCCCCGAGUUGAGCCUUGAGAUGACUGCAGCCUUGCGAGAGACCCAGAGUCAGAGGACUCAGCUAUGCCAUGCCCAGAUUCCUGACCCGCACAAACUAAAGACCCCUAAGGGGACCUGUGCAAGAUCAGUGAAAAUUGCCAUUGACACGGGGUACCGGCACAUUGAUGGCGCCUACCUCUACCAGAACGAGCACGAAGUGGGGGAGGCCAUCAGGGAGAAGAUAGCAGAAGGAAAGGUGCAGAGGCAGGAUAUCUUCUACUGCGGAAAGCUGUGGGCUACACAUCAUGACCCACAGAUGGUCCGCCCAACUCUGGAGAGGACGCUCAGGGGCCUCCAGCUAGAUUAUGUGGAUCUUUACAUCAUUGAAAUACCCAUGGCUUUUAAGCCUGGAGAUGAAUUCUAUCCUAAAGAUGAAAAUGGCAAAUGGUUAUAUCACAAGUCAAAUCUGUGUGCCACUUGGGAGGCUUUAGAAGCUUGCAAAGAUGCUGGCUUGGUGAAAUCCCUCGGUGUAUCCAAUUUUAACCGUAGGCAGCUGGAGCUUAUUCUGAACAAACCAGGACUUAAGCAUAAGCCAGUCAGCAACCAGGUUGAAUGCCAUCCAUAUUUCACCCAGCCAAAACUCUUGAAAUUUUGCCAACAACAUGACAUUGUCAUUAUUGCAUACAGCCCUUUGGGGACCUCUAGGAAUCCAUCCUGGGUGAAUGUGUCUUCCCCACCUUUGUUAAAGGAUGCACUUCUAAACUCACUGGGGAAAAAAUACAAUAAGACAGCAGCUCAAGUUGUUUUGCGUUUCAACAUCCAGCGAGGAGUGGUUGUCAUUCCUAAAAGCUUUAACCCUGAAAGGAUCAAAGAAAACUUUCAAAUCUUUGACUUUUCUCUCACUGAAGAAGAAAUGAAGGACAUUGAAGACCUGAAUAAAAAUGUCCGCUUCGUGGAAAUGCUCAUGAUAAAGCUGUGGAGUGGGGGAGGCGGAGAAGAAGUGACAAUGGCGGGAGGAUUAAAGGCUACCCGUGGCCAUGUGAGAACCAGCAUAUAUAACUGAAGCAGAACAGAUUUUACUACCUCAAAAUACUCCACAUGGGCUUAAGAAUUAUUUUGUGCUGAAGACAAUUGAGAAGAAACAGAUAGAAGAAAUCUGUCUUCCCCCGAUUUGCCUAAAAGGAGGAAAUAAACUUACAAAGUGUCCCUCCUCCCUCUCUACCAGGAAGGACAAAAGUUGAACUGCUAGAGACAACUUUAGAUCCUUAUCAGUCUGGAGAUGGGACCAGAGGAAUUUACAUAACAAACUUUGCUAACUAGACCUUAUUAUCUUCUGUUAGUCUCCCAUAUAUUUGUCCUCCCAUGAUUUGCUGCCCCUAGACUCAAAGUCCUUGUCUUUUGUCUUGUCACUUCUCAAAAAAUAUAUUGCUCUUUUGUUAAGAAGUUAUGUAAGACCUAGUUCUAACCAAGCCUUUGAGUUACUCAUCUCUGGGAACUCCCAUGUGUAACAUGCAUGAAUACAUAUGUCUGUAAACUUCUGUUUGUUUUUCUCUUGUUAAUCUGUCUUUUGUCAGUCCAAUCUACAGGGCUCCAGCUGGAGAACCUAAGAUGGGUAGAGGAAGAGAUUCGUCCUCACCUAUAAGACUAUGUCAGGUAGAAGCUCGUAGUUUCCUUUUAAUAAGGGAGGCAAAGAAGCCAAUGACAUGAGCAAUCAUCAUGGAAGCCAUAAGACCGGUUGUCUCCUCUUGCCAACUCCACCUGCCUUCUGGGCACGAAGCCUCUGAAAGAAAAGUUAAACUCUAAGGUGAACUAUGGAAAACUGAGGAACAAGAGCAGAACACAGUUUACACCAGCCAACUCCAAAGAAGACAGCAACAGGGCUUUGCCUAAAACGGCCUUGAGCAAUUGGUAGUCUAGGAGGCAGAACCAUAUAGCUACGAGGCUCCAAAUGCACUGCUGAUAUUCAAAAUUCCAGAAGCAUUCUUCAAAGGUGUGUGGCAUGAAAAGGACGGCCCAUAUACACAGGUGUCAUCAGUCACAGCUGCACCUAUUAGCACCAUCAAUUUCCACCUCCAUUCCCAGGCUUUUUAAACUGGAAACUGCAUUUUGACCAGGUGGUAGACCCUGCCAGGAAUGCCUCACACGUAUUUCCUUUGGGGUAAGCCCCUAAACACAGGUUUCUAACUGAGUAAUGUUAAAGAACAGCUCUGGGCUAAUACCUAAGGAUCUUGCACGUAUCCACACAGGCACUUAGGCAAAGCUUGAUCUGCAGCUGAUCUGAGUCUUGGCCGAACAUCCUGGGUCCUCUGAAAACAAGAGUGUGCUGGAGGCAUGUGAGGAGCUGCUACCAGGCCGUUUCUCACUCAGUGCCCUAUCUGCCAAGAAGGAGGCCACAGUGAGGCAGUUUCUCAUCUUCUGCCAGGUUUUGAUGAGGCCUGAGGCCUCUGACUCACCCCUUGGGGUCCAGCUGCAGACUAUAAAGUACCUUAGCAGCAACAUAGCAGUGGCCAUUCAGCAACAGGAUAGACCAUCAUUCAUGUUGCAAUCAUCUGGACCCUUUUGUUUUGGUGUUGCCCUACUCCAGAGACUAAAGGGAGGAGAUUGCCAUCAUCAUAGGGACAUAGAAACUGAACAAAAAAAAAAAAAAAAAAAAAAAAACAGCGAGAUUAUGCUACUAUAGAAAAAAAUUAUAAAACUACUUAGAUUCCAAUAAUGAUUCUCCCUCAAGGGUCCUGCUGGUACAUAAUUAUAUCUUUGUUUCUUUAACUGAUCAAUAUUCCUAAUAGUGACGCCAUUUCCAUAUUAGAGUCUCCUGCUUUGUCACCGUUGCAAGUCUAGCUUGCACAAGAGUUGGUAAAAUUUCCCAUAUUAUAAUUUUUUUUUUUUUUUUUUUGCGGUACACAGGCCUCUCACUGUUGUGGCCUCUCCCGUUGCGGAGCACAGGCUCCGGACGU